AUGCAACAUGCUGAUCUAGCCUCCGUCGUCGUCAGCAAGCCGCUGCUGAAGCUGAAGCUCCUCGACGCCCUGCGCCAGGGAAGCUUCCCGAACCUGGAAGACCUUCUCCAGAGGCAGUUCCAGCCACUGGACGACCCGAACGUCCAGCAGGUGCUCCAUCUCAUGCUCCACUACGCCGUCCAGGUCGCCCCCAUGGCUGUCAUCAGGGACAUCGUCCGCCAUUGGGCCUCCCCGGGCUCCACGCUCCUGGACAUCCACCUCGAUCUAAACGAACAAGACUCCAAUGGCAACACCCCGCUGCACAUCGCCGCGUACCAGUCUCGUGGCGACAUCGUGGCGUUCCUCAUGGAGCAGCCCACCAUCAACGACUGCGUGCUCAAUAACUCCCGCCUGCAGGCCAUCGAAAUGUGCAAGAACCUGAACAUCGCACAGAUGAUGCAGGUGAAGCGCUCCACAUACGUCGCAGAGACCGCCCAGGAGUUCAGGACGGCCUUCAACAACAGAGACUUUGCCCACCUGGAGUCCAUCCUCUCCAGCCCCAGGAACGCAGAGCUCCUCGACAUCAACGGCAUGGACCCGGAGACCGGCGACACCGUUCUGCACGAGUUCGUCAAGAAAAGAGACGUCAUCAUGUGUCGCUGGCUGCUCGAACACGGCGCAGACCCCUUCAAGAGAGACCGCAAGGGCAAACUGCCCAUCGACCUCGUGAGGAAAGUCAACGAAAACGACACCGCCACCAACACCAAGAUCGCCAUCGACAUAGAGCUCAGGAAGCUCCUGGACAGAGCCACCAGGGAGCAAAGCGUCAUCGACGUCACAAACAACAACCUGCACGAGGCCCCCACUUAUAAGGGCUACCUGAAGAAAUGGACCAACUUCGCGCAGGGCUACAAACUGCGCUGGUUCAUCCUGAGCAGUGACGGCAAGCUGUCGUACUACAUCGACCAGGCAGACACGAAAAACGCUUGCAGGGGCUCCUUGAACAUGUCGUCGUGCUCCCUGCAUUUGGAUUCGUCUGAAAAACUGAAGUUCGAAAUCAUCGGCGGCAACAACGGCGUCAUCAGGUGGCACCUGAAGGGGAACCACCCCAUCGAGACAAACAGGUGGGUCUGGGCCAUCCAGGGCGCUAUAAGGUACGCGAAGGACAGAGAACUCUUGCUGCACAACGCCAGCUGUUCGCCCUCCAUGGCUUUGAGCCACGGCCUGUCACCCAAUAUAGAAAGCUUGCAUGCUCCACCAAAACGCUUGACCAAGAGCCCGCAUCUGUCCAAGUCUAUUCUGGCGCCAAACAUUGACGCCGGUACCGAUGGCGAAAAUGCUAAUUAUGAUGGUGACGACGACGACGACAAGCCGCGCGUGGAUCCGUUGCCCCUGAUUUCGUCCAAAAGCCAAAGUUCUAGCGAUAUCGGUUCGGGUCGACGUUCCAGGAAAUCCACCCUCUCGUCUGGUGCACCACUAGAUGACGACCGUGGCUCUGGCGACGAUUCUGACGAUUCUGACGACGACGACGACAGCUCCUCGUUCACAGCAGACAACGGCGGUGAAGGAAAUAACGACGAAGACCUGAAUGCCAUUUAUGGUCCAUACAUCCAGAAACUACACAUGCUACAAAGAUCCAUAUCUAUCGAGUUGGCAUCUUUGAACGAGCUACUGCAAGACAAACAACAACAGCGGGACGAAUAUUGGAACACCGUUAACACCUCUAUCGAAACCGUCAGCGAGUUUUUCGAAAAACUAAACCGCUUAACCUCACAAAGAGAGAAAAGAAUGAUCGCCCAAAUGACCAAGCAACGUGACGUUAACAACGUCUGGAUCCAGUCAGUGAAAGAUCUGGAAAUGGAGUUGGUGGAUAAAGACGAAAAAUUGGUCGCAUUGGACAAAGAACGGAAAACCUUGAAGAAAAUGCUUCAAAAAAAAUUGGGCAGUCAACCUCAGAUUGACACGGAGGCCAACGAGGAUUCCGAUGAUGCAAAUUCAAUGGUAAAGGGAUCUCAAGAAUCAACAAACACUCUUGAAGAAAUCGUGAAAUUCAUCGAAGCCACAAAGGAAACUGAUGAAGACUCGGACGCUGAUGAGUUUUUCGAUGCAGAAGACGCAGCUUCGGACGCGGAGGCCAAAGAAACAACAGGAAACUUACCCAAAAAUGACGAAAACUCAGUCGGUGCGACACCAGAAGAAGAAACGACAGAAAAUGAAAGCCUCAUUGUAAUCAGCUCUCCACAAGUGGAAAAGAAAAACCAGCUUUUAAAGGAGGAGUCAUUUGUCGGGUACGAAGAUCCACUAAGAACUAAAUUGGCUUUGGACGAAGAUAAUCGCCCAAAGGUCGGUCUUUGGUCUGUUUUGAAAUCCAUGGUGGGUCAAGAUUUGACCAAAUUGACUCUUCCUGUAUCGUUUAAUGAGCCAACAUCGCUUCUACAAAGAGUUUCCGAGGAUAUCGAAUAUUCCCAUAUCCUUGACCAGGCCGCCACUUUUGAAGAUUCAUCCUUAAGAAUGCUGUAUGUGGCUGCCUUUACCGCAUCAAUGUAUGCAUCUACCACGAAUAGAGUAUCCAAACCGUUUAACCCCUUACUCGGUGAGACUUUUGAGUAUGCCAGAACCGACGGCCAAUAUCGGUUUUUCACCGAACAAGUUUCCCACCAUCCACCUAUCUCUGCCACUUGGACUGAGUCUCCUAAAUGGGAUUUCUACGGUGAAUGUAAUGUUAAUUCGUCAUUCAAUGGACGUACUUUUGCCGUACAGCAUUUAGGACUGUGGCACAUUAUCAUUCGUCCCGACCAUAAUGACGACGUUACAAAGGAAACAUAUUCCUGGAAAAAACCGAAUAACACUGUCAUCGGUAUUUUAAUGGGGAAACCGCAAGUCGAUAACAGCGGAGAUGUUCACAUUACAAACCAUACCACUGGAGACUAUUGUUUGCUGCAUUAUAGGGCCCAUGGUUGGACCUCAGCUGGCGCAUAUGAAGUUAGAGGUGAAAUAUUUAAUAAAAAUGACGAAAAAGUAUGGGUUCUUGGUGGGCAUUGGAAUGAUUCCAUCUAUGGGAAAAAGGUAACCUCUAGGGAUAUGGAAUUGACUCUGGAUAGAAUAAAGACGACAAAUUCCGCCAUGGGGGGACCAAAACUAGAUGGCUCCAAGUUCUUGAUCUGGAAAGCGAAUGAAAGACCUUCAGUGCCAUUCAACUUGACAUCGUUUGCGUUAACUUUGAAUGCUUUGCCACCCCACUUGUUACCAUAUUUACCACCCACAGAUAGUCGUUUGAGACCUGAUCAAAGGGCUAUGGAAUAUGGUGAAUAUGAUAAAGCUGCCGAGGAAAAACAUCGUGUUGAAGUGAAACAAAGAGCUGCAAAAAAGGAAAGGGAACAAAGGGGAGAGGAAUACAAACCAAAAUGGUUCAUUCAAGAGGAACAUCCCGUCACGAAAAGCCUAUACUGGAAAUUUAGUGGUGACUAUUGGAUCAAAAGAAAAGAUCAUAAAUUUGAAAACUGUGCUGAUAUUUACUAA